CUCGGGGUCGAGUCUUCUCCAUCUCCUUCCUUGACUUCUAUAUGUCGCGUGCCGCAGUGGUGGCUGCAUCCUCUCUGUACCAUCUCCGUGGCAUGGACAUGGGCGCGUGACCUCGCGUAACUCGCCAGCUCCCGCUGUGGCCACACACCUCCGCGCAAACAGGCAAGCUACCUGCAGUUCUUCUCUAUCCAAUCAAAGAUGCAAGCACUAGCUCUUUUUUCUUCCUCGUCUGAUUUCCCUUUUCUAAUCGAGAGCAAGGCAGCAGCAACAGGCCAGGCCAGCAAUCACAUUUGCACUGUUCGCCGGACCUUAUCAGCCUUCAGCCCUCUUCUGCUGUUCGUAUGUUGAGCUCGCAAGCUGAAACGAGACAGCUCGGGUUUUUCACGAGUCGAGCCGAGCUGUAAGUUUUGCUCGUUUGCUUAACGAGCCGAGCCGAGCCGAGCCAGCUCGAAAUCAUGACGAGCUGAUGCGAGCCGAGUCGAGCCCUAGAAACACCACCCACGACAUCUCACAUCUCCCUCCUUGAAAGCGUGAAGGGACGACGGCGGAGAGGACAGAGGCGAGGCGAGGCGAGGCACCCACCCAACACUCGUGAGUCCAAUCGAAUCGAGCCCCGAGCAAUUCUCAGCAGCAGCGAGGAACCCUAAUCACUUCAGGCGGAGCAUAGGCUAGCGAGCAGAUCGCGCUACAAAAUGUUCCGGUCGCGGCUGCAGGAGAUGUGCCAGCAGCGGCGGUGGGCGCCGCCGGUGUACGAGCACACCCGCGAGGGCCCCGACCACUCGCCCCUCUUCCGCGCCACCGUCCUUGUCCAUGACGAGAAGUUCAGCUCCCCCGACGAAGGAGCGCGGUCGACCAAGGAGGCGUACAACCUCGCCGCCAUGGCCGCCUUCGAGCACCUCGCCGGGCUCCCGGCCGCGGCCGCGGCCCUUGUCCCGGUUCCGGCCGCUCCAGCGCCUCCGCAGCCUGCGACCCAACUUCCUUACAAGAGUCAGUUACAAAUUUAUGCUCAGAAGCGAGGCAAGAAUCUGCCUUUGUAUCGUACCAUUAAUCUUGGCUCUCUUCAUGCAUCUCUAUUCAAGUCAGAAGUAACCAUAGAUGGGCAAACAUUUGAGAGCCCAGAAUAUUUUCGCACAAUGAAGGAAGCUGAAACUGCUGCUGCAAAAGUUGCACUGAUGUCCUUACCUCAAGAAGCAAGCCCACCACAACAAUCUCUGGUUCCGUCAGUAUCUUAUAAGAAUCUUCUACAAGAACUGGCUCAGAAGGAAGGCUUUCCCUUGCCUGUCUAUGCCACAACUUCAGAUGUCUCAAAUUGUUCUGCUGCCUUCAUAUCAACUGUUGAAAUUCAAGGUACAACUUUUCAGGGAGAGCCAGGGAACACCAAGAAGCAAGCAGAGAUGAAUGCUGCUAAGGUUGCUUUUCAACAUUUCAAAGACAGGGACAGAGGUUCUGCUGUACAUGGAGGAUCACCCAUGCAACAAGGAAACGAUAAUUUGUUUUCUGGACAAAAUAUCAAGAUUCCAUCCUCCAUGCAACAAGGAACCAAUAACCUGUUUUCUGGACAAAAGAUCAAGAUUCUAGAGCCUAAAUUUUCAGGUCACGCUGUAUCAACAACAAAACCUGGCAAGGAUAAUGACUUUGAUGCUGUAAAUCAUGAUGCUAGAUCAGCUGGCUCUGCUAACCCACUCCCUGUUGCUGCUACAACACAAUUUCUUGAUGAAAAUGCUCAAUCUGCAAAGAUGGAAGUUGACAAAUUAUUCCUUCCAGAGCCAAACACAGAAGUUGAAGCAGUGAUUUCAUCUCUGAAAGUUGAAAAACUACCCCUUCUAGAGUCGAGCAUGGACUCAUCUCUGAAAGUUGACAAACUGUCCCUUCCGGAGCAAAGUAUGGAUGUUAAAGUUACAGAUUCAUCUCUGAAAGUUGACAAACUGCCCCUCCCUGAACCAAGCACAGAGUUGGAAGUGAUGAACUCAUCUCUGCAAGUUGCUGAACCACCCAUUGCAGAGCCAAGCACAGAAGGUGAAGUCAUGGACUCAUCUGUGAAAGUCAGUGAACCGCCCAUACCCAAGGCAUGCUCAGAAGUUGAAGCAAUGGAUACAUCUCUGGAACACACAUCGACUGCGAAUGGUCAGUCACCCCUCAUAGCCCCAACCAGUACCUCCACUCUCACUGUGCCAACUGCUACCACGCCUGUCAGCUCCGGAUGUGGCUGCUACAUGUUAACCAACAGGAUCCAAGUCUACCCUCGCAACACCGACAUGGCUAUCCCUGAAGGCGCAACCAUGCUUCCCUUCAGCGACAAUGUGUGGGUGGCCGUAAGCCUGCCUUACUGCAACAACGAUGAAGGUAGCGGGACUGCUACUUAGGAACGAUGGAGCGCACUAGAGGAGAAUCAACGGUUGACCUUGUGAUGCUGCUCAGUAGCCCGUGCCAAAGCUUAAUUCACCUUCGCUACCUUGCUUGUAUGUAAGGCUAAGAACUAGACCGCCAUUCACUGUGACUAUAACUAGCAUCUUUGAUGUAGACAAUCUUCGACUUCUAUUGUAUCUGGCUGAAGCAGCUUGCUCAACUAUGUGAGAGAAACCCAAGUUAUACUCAUGCCGGAUUAUCCCCGAAGUAGAGACCCUGAACUUUAAUUGGACCAUCCACAG